ACCAUGUGGUCACAUGGCUCGAGGCGACACGCUUACUAAAGACGGCCGACGGUUGGCGGGCGUUCUUCGCGCGCUGUUGAUCGCGCAGUUGACAAUCUCUUUGGUCAUGGUGAUAUACAGCUAUAACACUUCAUAUAAAAUUAUGUCAUUAUUGAAAAGAAUACAUAAGUUCAAAGUGUUGCUAAUCUACACAUUGAUAUUGCUACAAGCUUACUGUAUGAAACUUCAUUACACGAGUGGUUUCCGUUUGGUAUCGUGGAUGCUACGUUGUCCGCAAUGGAGCCGAGUGGGGCCUGUCGCUAGACUGUGGCUCCUCAGCGGAACCCUUCUCGCUGCUAACGGUCUGCUGGUCCAUGCUGCCUGCAAGACUACACUGAAGGCUUUAAUGAAAGAAUUGUCAUCAACUUUGCGUAUCGGCAUGACUCAGUACCUUGCCGAACCGACCUGGAAGCAGUUCAUAGACACGAUGCAGAUAGAACUGAACUGCUGCGGUGCAGACCGUCCGGAGGACUGGCACGACGUCCCCUGGAUCAACAUUGACUUCCUCAACGAGGACGAAGAACUCGUAAUAAAGUUGUCGGGCACGGACGGUAAAAUGAAACUUCCCAUUUCACCCUAUUCGUGCUGUUCGCCGCACGUCCUGAAUGCCUGCUACCACGACCCCUUACAGCAAGAGCAGGUGGAGGACGGAGGCGUGAGGUCGCUGCAGAAUCGAGGAUGUCGCGCGGCCGCUCAGACCCCUCUCGCACGCGUUGCGUUCGCCGUGCACGUGCUUACCGUCCUUUGUGUCCUCUUACAGUUGCUCAUAAUGCUGUUGACACACUUGCUGCGCGGUGCAACGAAAUGUGCAAAGUUAGAGGAGUCAAGUGCGAGCGCCCGGAGACGUGACUUGCGCACGCGCAGCUUUCCCUACCUUUCAUAAAUGUAACAUUUGUGUAUGUAUGUAUAAAUUAAAUUAAAAUAAAUUUUAUAUUUUAAAAAUGAGUAUUUUAUUUCUAUUUUCAUAUCCCUUUUCAACGUGUAAUGAUGGAAUAUUUAUUAUA